CCAAGGGCUCCAGUGAGAUUGAGAGGGGGCAACACUUCUGAUCAGAGGCUCAACAGCGCAGGGUAGUUUCUUCAGAGGAGCGAAGAGGAGUGGAGAGGAAGAGUGCGCGAGAGAGGGUUCCCCAUCCUUCACAGAAACUGGAGGAAUCCACACUCUAACACUAAUGGCUGCUUGAGAAAAUAAUAAUUUCCCCCCUCUCUCUUUCUCUGGGACCUUUGGCUACUAGUUCUCUCCUAAUCAGAAAUUGUCACAAGUAUUAUUUUCAGUUGCUCUUGAAAAAUUAAUCCGCCUUUGCCGUGGACGUCACUGGCGACCAUGGAUACCCAUAUAAGAUGGAAAGUAAAACGGAGGAUAAAGGACGCGCAAAUCACUUUAGCAAUAAUUCUACUUUUUGUCACAUCGCAAGCCAGUUCAGUGGAGCCAGCGGACCUCUUGAAGAUUUUAGAUUUCCCCAGUUUACCUGACGGCGUUACGAAAACGACAGGUUUCUGCGCGCACAGGAAGUCAACAAAAGGAGCCGAUGUGGCCUACAGAGUAUCCAAAGAAGCCCAGCUCAGCGCCCCCACCAAACAACUGUACCCUGCUGAUGUGUUCCCUGAGGACUUCUCCAUCCUGGCUACGGUGAAGCCUAAGAAGGGCUCCCAGUCCUUCCUCUUGUCUGUGUAAUAACGAGCAGGCAUCCCGCUGGGGGUAGAGGUGGGACGCUCCCCUGUCUUCCUUGAGGACCACACAGGCAACCAGCCCAGAGGAUACCCCCUCUUCAAGGACUCAACCUGCGCUGAUGGAAAGUGGCACCGAGUGGCCAUCAGCGUUCACAAACAGAGCAUCACCAUCAUCCUGGACUGUAAAAAGAAGACCACCCAGAAACUGUCCAGGAGCCCACACCCCAUCAUCGACACCAAAGGAAUUGUGGUCUUCGGAACUAGAAUACUCGAUGAGGAAGUCUUUGAGGGAGACAUCCAGCAGCUGAUGGUUGUAGCCGAUCACCGCGCUGCCUAUGAUUACUGCGAGCACUACAGYCCCGACUGUGAGGUCCCUGUCCCAGAGCGGCCCCAGGCACAGGACCCCAACACAGACGAAUACAACACAGAGGAGGACAGCUAUUACUAUGAGUAUCCUUACUAUGAGGACAUGGAUGGGAAGCCUUCUGAGACUGAGACGGACGAAGCAGCUGGACCUGCCACGGAAGACGUAAAGGUGUCCGUGCCAGAGAGCGGCCGCGUCGUCACCUCCGUCAAAGAGGUGGUGUCAUCAGUAAGGGAGACAGAGAGUCAGGGAGCCGAGGGCAAAGUGUUGACCAGCACCGCCAACGCCGAAGCCGCCGCUGCCGCUGGAGCUGGGGAGGAUACCGGCCGCUACGACAACUACGAUACGGAAAGUUACGGCAACUACGAGACGUACUACGACGAGUCCACGGCCCUGCCCGACGUCAGUCGCAGGGUCACCAUCAGCAGUAGCAGCAUGGGGACGGGCGCAGGGGUGGAGCUAGACUUGGGGUCAAAGGUUGACCUGGGCACGGGCGCGGAGAUUGAGAAGGUCAUCACCACUAGUGGAGGAGUCACCAGGACAAGCAACAAGACCUCAUUAGCAACAGCCUACGAUGAGAACUAUGGCGAGGGCUAUGACCUGUCCUAUGGCGAGGGAGAGGAGGAUGAGUACGGAGUCGGCGGAGGUGGCCACGGCAGCAGAACCAGCAGCAGCAGUACUGUUGAGAUCGGCGCUGGUGGGGGAUCCGUAUCAGUCGGGGGCGGUUCUGUUUCUGCUGGGGGCGGUUCCGUCUCUGUGGGUGGAUCUGCCGGAGGCGGGGCGGCGAGCGCCGGAGGCGGGGGAGCUGGAGCCGGAGCUGGAGCCGGAGCCGGGGGUUCCGUUGCUAGGGGAGCAGGGGGCCAGGGUGGGGAUAUUGAGGGAGAUUACACUGAUCUGGAGGGUGUUGGGUUUAAGGAGGAGUCCAUCUCUGAGUACGGGGAAGAAGAUUAUGGCUAUGGAGACCCGGACUACGAUGGACAGGGGGAAAAGGUGCUGCCGGCAGAGACAGACGAAUACUAUGGACAGGUUGAUGGGUCUCGAGGAGAGAAAGGACAGAAGGGAGAGCCUGCUAUCAUUGAGCCUGGAAUGCUGGUGGAGGGUCCACCCGGGUCUGAAGGCCCAACAGGUCUCCCUGGACCCCCAGGUUCCUCCGGCCCCCCGGGCAGCGCCGGAGAUGCAGGAGAGAGGGGUCCGAAUGGUCGUGCAGGUCUUCCUGGUGCGGAUGGUCUGCCAGGACCUCCAGGGACUGUCCUCAUGCUGCCUUUCCGGUUCAGUUCUGGAGGAGACUCUGGACAGAAGGGACCUCAGGUGUCUGCUCAGGAGGCUCAGAUGCAAGCCAUCAUGCAACAGGCCAGGCUUGCGAUGCGUGGUCCUACUGGCCCUAUGGGUUUGACUGGUAGAUCUGGUCCUCUGGGUUCUCCAGGUGUGUCUGGACUGAAGGGAGAUUCUGGAGAGAGCGGUCCUCAGGGACCUCGUGGACCAAUGGGUUCUCAUGGACCCCUUGGGAAGCCUGGUAGAAGGGGACGCGCUGGAUCUGACGGAGCCAGAGGCAUGCCUGGUCAGACCGGAACCAAGGGAGACAGAGGGUUCGAUGGUUUAGCCGGACUUCCUGGUGAGAAGGGACACAGAGGCGAAUCUGGUCCCCAUGGACCUCCCGGACCCACAGGAGAGGAUGGAGAACGAGGAGACGAUGGAGAGAUUGGGCCACGUGGUCUGCCUGGUGAGCCAGGACCYCGUGGUUUGCUGGGACCAAAGGGACCUCAGGGACCUCCCGGACAACUUGGUGUGACUGGAAUGGAUGGCCACCCUGGACCCAAAGGAAACAUUGGACCCCAAGGAGAGCCUGGCCCCAGUGGACAGCAAGGAAACCCAGGUGCUCAGGGACUUCCAGGUCCUCAGGGAGCCAUCGGGCCCCCUGGAGAUAAGGGUCCUACCGGAAAACCAGGACUGCCAGGAAUGCCCGGAGCUGACGGACCCCCGGGUCACCCAGGAAAGGAAGACCCAGGAGAGAAAGGACAUUUGGGUCCCACUGGCUCUCAAGGCCCAAUCGGUUAUCCCGGUCCCCGAGGCGUGAAGGGAGCCGAUGGUGUACGAGGCCUGAAAGGAGGAAAGGGUGAAAAGGGAGAAGAUGGAUUCCCUGGCUUCAAGGGAGAUAUGGGAAUCAAGGGUGACAGGGGUGAGCUGGGACCUGCAGGACCCAGAGGAGAGGACGGACCUGAGGGCCCUAAGGGUCGCUCCGGUCUCCCUGGAGAUGCUGGCCCUCUCGGACCCAACGGCGAAAAGGGCAAACUGGGCGUUCCAGGGUUGCCAGGAUACCCCGGAAGACAAGGGCCAAAGGGAUCUCAGGGAUUCCAAGGUUUCCCCGGAGCCAACGGAGAGAAAGGAGCAAGGGGACUUGCAGGGAAGGCUGGCCCAAGAGGACAGAGAGGACCAACGGGGCCUCGUGGAGAGAGGGGACCAAGGGGACCAACAGGAAAAGCUGGACCAAAGGGUACCUCAGGAAGUGACGGCCCUCCAGGACCUCCCGGUGAGAGGGGUCUUCCAGGGCCUCAGGGACCAACAGGAUUCCCCGGACCAAAGGGCCCACCCGGACCUGCUGGGAAAGAUGGUCUGCCCGGACACCCUGGACAGAGAGGAGAGACUGGUUUCCAAGGCAAGACUGGCCCACCUGGACCCCCAGGAGUGGUUGGACCUCAGGGCCCCACAGGUGAGACUGGACCAAUGGGAGAGCGUGGCCAUCCAGGACCCCCAGGCCCACCCGGUGAGCAGGGUCUCCCUGGAUCUGCUGGUAAAGAGGGAGCUAAGGGUGACCCCGGUCCUGCUGGCCCGGCUGGUAAGGAUGGGCCCCCGGGUCUGAGAGGGUUCCCAGGAGAGAGAGGUCUGCCCGGCCCAGUGGGGGCUCACGGCCUGAAAGGGAGCGAAGGCCCCAACGGCCCACCUGGACCUGCUGGUUCCCCUGGGGAGCGUGGUCCUGCUGGCACAGCGGGACCCACCGGACUCCCCGGACGACCAGGACCUCAGGGACCCCCAGGACCCGCAGGAGAGAAGGGUGGACCGGGAGAGAAAGGACCACAAGGCCCCGCUGGUAGAGACGGUGUCCAGGGACCGGUGGGUCUGCCUGGCCCCGCUGGACCUCUUGGAUCCCCAGGAGAGGAUGGAGACAAGGGAGAGAUCGGAGAGCCAGGCCAGAAGGGAAGCAAAGGAGACAAAGGAGAGCAUGGUCCACCUGGUCCUACUGGUCCCCAAGGCCCAGUCGGAGCGCCUGGUCCUGCUGGAGCUGAUGGAGAGCCCGGUCCCAGAGGUCAGCAGGGUCUGUUUGGCCAGAAGGGAGAUGAAGGMGCCAGAGGAUUCAACGGACCCCCAGGCCCAGUUGGACUGCAGGGAUUGCCUGGUCCCGGCGGUGAGAAGGGAGAAACCGGAGACGUGGGUCAGAUGGGUCCUCCCGGUCCCCCUGGCCCCAGAGGCCCCUCCGGACCCCCAGGAGCUGAUGGCCCUCAGGGACCCCCUGGUGGUAUUGGAAACCCCGGUGCUGUUGGAGUGAAGGGUGAUUCGGGUGAAAGCGGAGAGCCUGGUCUUCAGGGAGAACUUGGCGGACCUGGCCCAAGAGGAGAGCGAGGAGAGAAGGGAGAGGGCGGUCCCGCUGGCUCUGCUGGACCCCCCGGMCCUAAAGGCCCCCCUGGAGAYGACGGUCCUAAAGGAAGUCCUGGUCCAAGUGGUUUCCCUGGUGAUCCUGGUCCCCCUGGCGAGAUCGGACAGGCUGGUUUAGACGGUCCUUCUGGUGACAAGGGAGACGACGGAGAGGCUGGUCAACCUGGUUCCCCUGGACCCACCGGAGAGUCUGGUCCUUCCGGCCCACCAGGAAAGAGAGGCCCCCAUGGAACAGUUGGACCCGAGGGCAGGCAAGGAGAGAAGGGAGCCAAGGGAGAGUCUGGUCUGGAGGGCCCACAGGGAAAGACAGGCCCAGUUGGUCCUCAGGGAGCACCUGGCAAGCAAGGUUCGGAAGGUCUCAGAGGUAUCCCUGGCCCAGUUGGGGAACAAGGUCUUCCGGGUUCUUCAGGCCCUGACGGACCCCCUGGACCUAUGGGUCCACCAGGAUUACCCGGUUUGAAGGGAGACUCUGGUAUUAAGGGUGAAAAGGGCCACCCUGGUCUUAUCGGUUUGAUCGGGCCCCCAGGUGAGCAGGGAGAAAAGGGUGACAGAGGUCUACCAGGCCCCCAGGGAACAUCAGGACCCAAAGGAGACAAUGGUAUUGCUGGCCCCUCAGGUCCUCUUGGUCCCCUGGGACCCCCAGGAUUACCUGGUCCUCCUGGACCUAAAGGAGCUAAGGGAUCAUCGGGUCAAACUGGUCCCAAGGGAGAGACCGGUGUUCCUGGACAACCAGGGCCUCCUGGUCCUCCCGGUGAUGUCAUCCACCCGCUGCCCAUGCAGUCGAAUCCCAAGAGGAGCCGCAGGAACAUCGACGCCAGCCAGAUGAUGGACGAGGCCCACGCCGAUGCCAACUACAAGGACUACGACGACGGCAUGGAGGAGAUCUUCGGAUCCCUCAACUCCCUCAAGCUGGAGAUCGAGCAGAUGAAGCAYCCGCUGGGAACGCAGGGCAACCCCGCCCGCACCUGCAAGGACCUGCAACUCUGCCACCCUGACUUCCCCGAUGGUGAAUAUUGGAUCGACCCCAACCAGGGUUGCUCGAGGGACUCGUUCAAGGUCCACUGCAAUUUCACAGCAGGAGGAGAGAGCUGCAUCUACCCUGACAAGAAGUCUGAAGGGACUAGGCUCACCUCCUGGGUAAAGGAGAUCCCUGGCUCCUGGUUCAGUGAAUUCAAACGUGGUAAACUGCUCUCGUACGUGGACGCUGAGGGCAACCCCAUCGGCGUGGUCCAGAUGACCUUCCUGCGUCUGCUGAGCGCGGCCGCCCGCCAGAACCUAACCUACAACUGCUACCAGUCGGUGGCCUGGCAYGACCAGGACGGGGACUCGUACGACAAGGCCAUCCGCUUCCUGGGGUCCAAUGAUGAGGAGAUGUCCUACGACAAUAACCCCUACAUCAGAGCCGUGGUGGACGGCUGUGCGUUGAAAAAGGGCUAUGAAAAGACAGUACUUGAGAUCAACACACCAAAGGUGGAACAGGUGCCUUUUGUUGACAUAAUGUUCAAUGAUUUCGGCGGAGCCACGCAGAAGUUUGGAUUCGAAGUGGGUCCUGUCUGUUUCAUUGGCUAAGACUGUUUACUGAACAAAAUGGAGAAAAUAAAACACCAUAUUUGUUUUGUCAAAAACAAAACACAUGAAAUGAAUAGGACAAUUUUGAUUUGUGUAAAACAUUCUGUGUUCACUAGCAACAAGUAUAAAUAAAAUACAAAAAAUUCAAGAUGAGAAUACUAGAAUACAUUUCUGUAGGAUUUCGUAAGAAAUAAUAAUAAUAAAAAAGAGCAACCUUGCAUCCUCAGUGUGCCUUCUCUAUCACRUGCAAGUUUUGAAACUGGAUAAGUUAGAUACUACCGACCCCUAUCUUCACCCCUGACCUGUAUCUCCGACCCGAAACCUCCACCCACUCCCAGUGCACUUGAUGUAGAUCCAGUCUGCCUGUCCAACGCACCCGAGGCAAACCUUUACCUGGAAUUCCACUGGUUUCAGAAGAUUGCCAUGGACUCCAUCUGAUUCGGCAGUUUGCUUCAUUGUUUUGUUUUGAUCAGUUAAAAAAAAWUCAUAAUAAUAAUCUCCCUCUUAUCUCCCGCUCUGAAUAUUUUAUUAAUUCGCUCAUUCAUUCAWUAAUUUCGAAAGCUUUGUUUUGUGCAUAAUUGUCUCGCCAUUCUUCUGAAUGGAGCUUAUAUAUAUAAAUAUAUAUAAAUAUUUGUUGUAUGUUUGUAAGUACUUUCUGUAUAUUUUUCCUGGUAAUGUUGAUUGAUUCUGGCUUCAAAACGUGCAUGUGACUUUUUAGGAGAUGAUGGUUUUUGGAAUACAUCAAAUUUGCAGAUACUGAAGUGAGGAAUUGAAUGUGUAAAUUGGAGAAUAGAUGAGGAAUGCUUGUUUUGUUGCUGGUUGUGAAGCACACCUAAUUGUAAUUUAAGAACCGAAUGAAAAUAAAAGUUGGAGAAAAAAAAACUCUGCAUUACUAUAUGAGAGUUGAUUUGCAGAAAACAAAAUGUGUCAAGAAAAAAAAUACACAAAAACAUUCCUCCUCUUUUUGUGUCCUCCUGAACGAAGUGCCUAUUUUGGUGGCAUUUGGAGAUUUUAUUAACUUAAUAAACCGUCUUUUUACGUCAUUUUUUCCCCCAAUAAUUCACUAUCUCUGAUCUAUCAACCUAUAUAUGCAACGUGAGAUGUCACAUUUCAAUGAAGCACAAGAAAUCAAGAAUUAGGUGCUAUUUUCUCUCCUCUGUGGUGCUAUGAUAUUUUCUAGUUUGUUAUUUUGAAAAGUACAGUAAUCUGAUGGUGGUGAUGUUAUCCUGUUACCAUGACUACCCGUCCUGCCUCUGWCCCUCUUAGCCAUUACCUCUGGCCAAAUAACAUCUUCACUGCAUUCUUAUUUAUGUCCAGGGGUGUUUUAAUGCAUGCCAGUUUGCUUCGUAUUCAUUCAUAGAUCAAUGCAGUAUUUUAUUUUAUGUACUUCUCUGCUUCCAAGGCCCACUUAGUAACWACUCUACCAGUGUCUGAUCAUACUGCAACUUACUUAGAAUGUGUUAAUUGAAAUAMGAUUGUACUCGAAUGCCAAAUGUGGGUCUAAUUUAUCGAACUUUCUUAGAUGUCUUUAAAAAAGAAAGUAGAAGCGAUACUGCAAUGUUUCCAUAUCAUGGUUCCAAGACUUGGUGCAUUUUGUGAAUGGAUCUCAGUGUUUGGUGUUAUGUGUAAUGGAUMAUCUUUUUCCACUUCGUCAAGCUUUUUCAUCCUUUCCUUUUUCGGGGGUGGGGUGGAGGUGACUGGUUUGGAAGGGGUAACCGUCAAGUAUUCCAAAGCACAUGACCGCGGAACAGUUUGGAAUUUUGGUACCUGAAAUCCUCAACUCUCUUACCAAAGGUUUUGUUUAUACAUAGCUUUACGUUUCUAGAGGGCCAAGAAUCGACUACAUAGUUUGAAAUCCACUAUUUUUGAAAAUGUUCAAAUGUUCAAAUGAUGAUUAAAAUCAGAUGUAUCAUAUAAAAAUAAAACAUCGAAAACAAAUAAAAAAUUUAAUGAAUAAAAGGAAAAAUGUAGUUUAGUUCAUCAGAUUAGCCAGUUUAAAGGAAGAAAAGCCAGAUGAAAAGCUUGUUUUUGUAUUGUUGUUUGGGACUUCUGAUUUACCUGUUGGUUUACUUCCUUUAGCCCCUAGUUAUCCCCUUUGUACAAACUAUGCACUCUGCCUGCUUUUUACCACUGCAACAUCACCACUUUUUACUGUCCUGCAUAAGUAGCUUGUUUUUUGUUAAGUUUUACCGUUUUUACCUUCUAGAUAUGUGACUUGAAACAUUUCUGUUAAAAUAGCUGAAUACACUCAUUGAUAAUCRUUUUAAAAUUUUCAUUUCGAUAAAGCAUACCAAAUUUAACAUUUUUGCUCUCAAUAAAAGGACAAAACAAUUUUGUACAUUUUCAGAACCAGCAGUCAAUAAAGUUUUUUAUUUUUGUUUUUUGUUUUACAUUUGUCUGUUCAUUCAUUUGUUUUUACGGUCCUGUCAAACCUGUGUAAGAGAGGAUAGAAGAUGGUGUUUUUGUCAAUAAAUUCAAGUUUACUGUGGUCACCCACUCUUGUAUGUCUUUUGAAGCAUUAAAACCUAUCUGUAUGCA